AUGGGGAUUUUCUAUUAAGGUAUUUUUAAACAUUGUCUUGAAAGAAUGGUUUUCUAUAUGCAUAAAUUAAAAGAAUAAUGCUAAGAUUAAGACUAAAAGAAAAAGGAGAAGCAAUUCUUGAUGCAAAGGCUUCUUGUCUAUAAGCACUGCCUGUAAAUACUUAAAGAAUCUCAGAUGUAUGAUUUAGUUGAUCUGAGAUUGUUUGCUACCUUUGUUGAAAUUGAAUUCUCAGAGUUAAAGAAUUAAAUUUACCCGCUUCUCUCACUACUGAAAAAAUACUUAACAAGAGACGAAUAAGUAGAAGAUCCAUCCUACUUGAAAGUACUUUACAAAAAUCUUAAGAAUCAAUAUACUAAAAUUAGAUCGAAUUCAGCAUUAUCUCAAACACUAAUUUCAUAAAAGCAGUAAAGUGAUGAGAAUAUCAUGAGUUCACCUCAUUAAACGAUAUCUGAUCCCGUAAUUCGUCCUGCUUCUGAAUCAGUAAGAAACAAACCAUAAUCUGAGAUAGAUCUAAAGCAGUAGAUUAGUGCUUUGCAAUAAUCAGGAACACUUUCAAAUGAAUAGAUUAUAGAGGUAAAAACAAAAGGCAAAUCAUCUUUAAGGUAUCAGCCUUCCAAUGCUUUAAAUACAAUUGAUUACGAUCCUUCCCUGAACUCAUCAAAUAAUUAAAAAAAUUCAAACUUGUAUUUUUCAAAGAGGAAACUAUCUUUUCAAUCUAAGAGAGAAUGCUCAACUAGGAAGUAAAAGAAUAAGGGAGAUAUCAUGAAGAGAUAAUCAUUAGACAAUUAUAUGAAUUACAUAACUAAAAAAUUCAAAUUUGAUGAUUCUUCAAUCACGAUGUAGAACUAACCCAAACUCUAAUAAUCUAAUACAAUGAACCAAAGAAUUACCUAAUCAUCACCUUAAAAGAGCAUUAGAACCCAUUUACGAGAAAGAUAAUUGGGAAUGUUGUAAAAAGAAACCAACUUAUAAAUUUACUUCCGCAAUUUAAACUAGGAGCUAAGCUUGAUCGAUAGAUUUAAAGAAGGUUUAGCUUGA